UGAACCCGCAGCGCGUGAGGAAGCCUUUCCGUUCGGUGAACACAAUAAUGGCUACCGCCCUGCGAGACUGUUGUUCGAGUCAGCGAGUCGAAACUGGACUUUUAACGACGUCCGCGUCGCUGCUUUGAUACAUUUUUCACUCCAGUUGUCAGUGGCAUUGCUGCUCUCCCACAAUGCAUUGCCAGAGGCGUUUGUGUCCAUCUGACAGACCAGUAUAACCAUUACCUCCUGUCCUUCUAGACCAAAGCAGAGCAACAACACAGGCAGGUUCUGCACUGACCCAACUUGUUUGUUAACUCACUGCAGUCAUGUCUGGUUCUGGUGACUUACCAGCCAUCGAGGGUUCUGGGAUGGGCGGGAUGAAACUUCCCAUUGGAAUGACCCGGCGGGCCCUCAGCUACGACGAUAACCUGGAGGCCCCCAUGUCCACGCCGCCCCACGACAUCAGCAUCAACAACCUGUGGAGGCGGCCCAUAAUCCCGGAGAGGAAGUUCUCCCAGCUGGCAGAGGAGGAUGAAGGCGGUCCAGUCCGACGGGCUGCGGCGCAGGACAGCGCCCUCUUCAAGGCGCCAGCUGUGGUGAAAACCAAGGCUUCGUCCAUCAUCAUGAAUUCUCUCAUCACCAAGCAAACUCAGGAAAGUAUGUACAAGUUUGAGCAGACGGCAGGACUGACCGACACCAGUUACACCCCCCACAAAGGUCUGACUGCUGAGGAGACCAGACACCACCACCGCGUGCCCGAGUCCCUCCAGAAACUGCAGAUCCAAAGUCUGGAGGCCAGAGAAGAGAAGAGCUCCUCCGCCCAGUCGACUCCAUCAAACACUCCGCACAGCUCGCCUAAACAACAGCGCAGAGGCUGGUUCGGCAGCGCCAGCUCUGAGAUCAGCUCCUCCAACAGCAGCGUGGACAUGGGAGGAGGAGGAGGAGGAGGAGGAGGAGGAGACCCGGUGGCAGGCGGUGCCGUUGAAAGGUGGGGCGUGUUUGGGCCUCGGCUGCCUGUCCAGAGUUCGACUGCUGAUCCGGGACCAGACGGUUCCGCUGCAGCAGGCUUUGCCAUCCAGGCGUACCGUGGAGCCCAGAAGCCGACCCCCAUGGAGGUGAUGAAGUCGCAGGCCACGCGACUGGCCGACAACCCCCAGAGGGUCUCCCCGCCCAAAAUGGAGAUCCCCACGGUGGAGGGUCGGCGGCAGGGAGCGCGGCCGCACAAGCUCAAACACCGAGACAUGAACAUCCUGACGCCCUCCGGCUUCUGAGACGACGACCGUCAGUGCCGCGAAGGUCCCAUGAAACGAAAACGAACCUCCCAGCGUCCCGCGCUCUUCUUACCGACCACGGUCCUGUAACGUUCAGUUUAAACGGUUUUCUCCACCUGCAUCCGUGUAAGCACGAGUCCUAGAGUUUGACCGUCUUCCAAAGAGAACGCUAGUUACAGCUUUCAGAUCAUUUCACGUUCGUUCUUUCUUUACAUCAGGAAUAAAAUAAACUCAGACUACAAUAUUAGUAUUAUUAAAAUAGACAACCCCCCCCUGGGUUAGAUUUAUUUAUUCAGAAGGAAAAUCCACCAGAGUUUGUAACUUCCUGUGUGAAGUGUGACCAGCUAUGAUAACCGAUGUUAGAAGGUUUCUCUGGACGAUGCUGUAAAGUUCAGAGCGUCCGGCAGCUCAAACGUGGUUUCAUGGUGGAGAUCAGCUAAAGAUUCGUCUCCAUCCUCCCGCAGCUGUCCUUGCAGCACUUCAGCUAGCUAGUUUGUGAAAAAUAAUUAUUAAACGUGUUUAAUAUUUUCUUCCUGCAUGUUUCUGGUCCCUUGUUACACUCUUUUUAUUAUGUUGAGUAUUUUCUCCCAGCUUGUUUUUUUUAAUUAUUUUUUAUUCUAACCACAUAGUUUGGUAUUCACCGGUUUGUACCUUCAUUUCAUUUCUUUCUACUUCCAUUUCAGACCUGAAACGCAACUUCAGACCCAUUUACGUUACUCUGUUUAUUUUCCAUUUGUAGCACGAAUUACGCAGAUAAAUGCUCAUAAAAUAGUCAAAUGGCAUGUAUAAUGUAAUCUAUUUUCUGAAAACUGUGUCCUGCUUCCUCCUUCUGUUGAUUCUAAUGAAUUAUGCCAGAUUAGAGCCCCUGAUCAAGCCGAAAUAACCCUGAGCAACCUGCUGUUGCUCGAUAUUAAUGUUAAAUGUUCAAAAAAUAAUCUUUCAAUGCCAUUAUUUUGUUGGGUACCAAAAAAAAUAAAAGUUUUUCAUGGGACCUUUGAUGGCGGCCGUAAACACUUCAUAUAAACUUUCCAACUUGCCUGUCGCCAAAACCUCAGUAAGAAAAAAGUAACACAUUGCCGUUCGUGCUGGUGUCGUGCGUAAAUGUUGCUUGGCUCUCAAAUCCAAUCAUUUCUCUCACCUGUCGCUGUUUGAAUAGUUAAACGACGCUUUGACUGAAGUCAGCCCACAGAACUCUGUUGGUUUUGUUCCGCUGAAGUUAAAAGGCGAUGCUGCUCCCAGUUGAAAAUGGUCCUCUGUAAAUGCACUUUAUCCCCAUUGGAAACUGUUUUCCUUUGCCUUCUGAAGGAGGCGCCGGGCAGGACGGGACGAAGAACCAGUCAAGUGUCGACCAAACCAGUAGAGCAAAAAUAUUCCAGAUAUAUUGUAAAAGUCGUCUCAGGAAAAAAAAAGCAAAUAGCAGACUCUCUCCCUCUGGAAGGUUUAAGAUGAAUUAUUUUGAAUGAAAUGGUCUUUUUUUUGUUGUUGUUUUUUUUUUUUUUGGGUUGUAUAGAUUUAACAUUUUCCAGGUUUACACGUCAUUCCAGUUAGAAAUGAGAAGGAUCUACGUGCAAAUCAGGCUCUCCAUAAAAUAACGCUGUGGUCUCGUUUCCACAGUUCAAAUUUGCUGUAAUAAAAAA